AUGAUAUCCUGCGCUUUUAUUUUUAUAUUAAGAUUUCUAAACCCAAAUAAACCUCUGGAAAAAGAUUCGACUGUCUCUUCUCAGUACUUGGAACAUCUAGUCAUAAUCGGUAGCGAUGGCGGUAGGUCAUUUUAUGCCGGUUACGACCAUCUCAUGCCGAACGGGUUCCCGGUACCCGAUUUAGAAUAUGAUUUAUUUGCGACCUUCUCAAAUAAAGUUGAAGUGGGUACAAAUACAAGGGCUUACUGCUCAAAAACUAUUUCGGCUGUGAAAAUUGCAGAGAUACUCGACGAUAUCGUGAAGACUGACGAACAAUAUAACCAAGGCCUUGUACCAGCUGAUCCGAAGGAUCAAUCUUGUUUGGACUACAUGCAAAAAUUAUUGAUUGAUCAAGAUAUGGGUUUCAAACAACCUCUGAUAUCAGCAAAGACUCUAAGUCAGGAAGAUAAAUGUUCGACUAAUAACCUUAUCCGCUUGGCUUAUCGGGGUUUGAUAUCGGUGUCAGGGGCAUUUCGAUUCUUGGCUCCACAAAACAACGAAGCACAGUUGAAGGUAGUCAUGGAUAAACCUACCAGCCUGUUAGAUUUAAUGUAUACUCCUGAUCUACAUGGGUUGUUAAAAGAAAAGAAUUCCAACAAGCUGCUCCUUUGGUACUUUGGCCGUCUUCACAUUUUUAAAAAAGCUCUCCGCAGUGAAAUAUGGUAUCCAGAGACGCAAAUCGAUUUGGAGAAAGAAAAUGGUGCGACUCUCCUAAAUUUUAUUCGCAAACAUACCAAAAUAAUCGAAAAAUUGGACAAAGUAGUUGAAUCGUCAGGAGCUUCAGGUGGAUUUGGCGAACUUUGUCGGUCAAUAUUAUGCAGGGCCGAAUGGAGACGAACCAUUUCUAUCAAAGUAGCUGAAAUUAAUAGCUUAACAAUGCCCGCUUUUUCCAAGAUCGAUCCAAAAAUAUUAAAAAGUACAUCAUGA